AUGGGUCGAAUAAAAUCCCUGCAGGAAUUGGGCUAUGGUUUUAACGACGGCGGAGAGUUAAGAAGAAUUGGUUCAGACGGUCAGUUGAGUGAAAAACCAUUUCAAUUUAAUAUAAGUAGUGAUCACCAAGCUUGUCAAGCUAAUUAUGAGUUACUAGGCGCAGCAGUUACAGAAUAUAUUUACGACGUGUUGGAAAGAGAACAGAAACUUUAUAGGUUGCCGGCACCUAAAGAUUCGGGAGAAAAUGGAACUUUUGUAUUUGUUUCUACGGAUUAUGAAAAGCGGGACACACUCAUGGUGUUAAUUCAAGGUAGUGGCGCAGUCCGUGCUGGCCAAUGGGCAAGAUCACUAAUCAUCAACAACAAUUUAGAUAUGGGAACACAAAUUCCCUAUAUUGAAAUGGGAGCAAAUCGGAAAUUUGGUAUAUUAAUAAUGAAUCCAAAUGACAAUCAUAGAAGCAAUAUAAAGAUACCUCACAGUAGCACUAGCGAGGAACAUGCGGAAUAUGUAUGGAAGCAUUAUGUAACAGAGACCAGUGCAAAAAAUAUUGUGAUAAUUGCCCAUAGCUAUGGCGGUUUCCUAACUGUCAUGUUAGCUCAAAAGUUCAAAAAAGACUUUGAAGAAAGAGUGAGAGCUGUAGCCAUGACAGAUUCAGUACAUUCUUUCUCUGGAGUAAAAAUACCGGAGACACUAAAACGGAUCUCAACUAACUGGGUAUCAAAUUCAGCUCAAGUAGAUACCCCAUUAAAAACUCCUGAGUUUGAAAUCACUAGGCUAUCUGCAGGUCAUCCACAACAUGAAAUGACUUCAUAUUCUUGCAUAAGUUCUGUGUUUAAAUUUGUUGAUGAGCGGUUGAAGUGUUAA